CUCCCCCGCUGACCUCGACUGUCAGGUCAACUUGCUCGAGGACAGGUCCACUAAGAUAGAGAGGGGAGGACCGCCCCAUCUACUCGUCCGGUCAAGAUGAAGGACCCUGUAGAGACGGCGAAGCAGCUUAUCCGCACCGUCGUGCGCAUGUUCUACGAGACGGAGCACAUUGUAGUCAUUGAUGCGCUCUGCUACCACGUCGCCCUACCCAUGUCUGACCUCGUCCUCAUCCUCGAAGCGGGCAAGAACUCGAAGCAUGUUGGCAGGAUUGCGGGUAAGCUCAAGGAAGCGGGCUUGUGUUCAUCCUACUCGCUGGCCGUCAUGCGCGAAGGUGCUACCAAGCAGACGAGCCGUGAAUACUUCUACAUUGACUGGCGCCGCGCUAUUGAUGCUUGCAAGUACAAAAUCCACAAGAUCGACGAGACGGUCAAGAAGGACGCAAAACCCACGGCCGAGAAGGCGGAGCUCAAAUGCGCGCGGUGCAAAUCACAGUACACGAUGAUGCAAGCCCUCGACCACCCAGAUCCCGAUCCCGGCCCAGACGAUAGUGGCUUCUUGUGCGCGAGGUGUGGAUUUCGCCUGGACGAGAUUGACGCAGGCAACCAGGCCGACGACAUGGACGACACUCCUGCCAAGUUCAACAAGAUGUUCGGUCCGCUUCUCACCCUCAUGGAGGAAAUCGACAAGAUGAAGAUUCCAGCCGUCGAAGGCAAAGAUGCCAUCGACGCAAAGAUCGAACUACCGCGCGACAAGGACAUUGAUCCCGGUACCAAACACGAGGUUGUAGACACUGCCGUCUCGCGGCCAACCGCCGUCAAGGGCUUGGAUACAGGCCCGGAGAAGAUCAGCAUUCAGAUCGGCUCGAGUGCUGAGCAGAACGAGAAGCAGCGAGCUGCAGAUAAAGCCCGCCAGGAGAAGAUCACUAUGCAAAAUCAGCUCCCGACGUGGCACACCCAGUCUACCGUCAUCAAGGAUGCUUCUGGUAACACGACGACAGUCAAGCAGGAGACUAAUGGCACGGAUACACCCAUCAAGACCGAGUCAUCCGACACAAAGGGCGCAAAUCAGAAUCUCGACGCUGUCUUCGCGCAAAUCGAGGCUGAGCGACGGAAGAAAGAGGAGGACGAGGAAGAAGAGGACGAUGACGAAGAUGACGACGAGGACGAGUUUGAGGAUGUGACGGUCGGCACCCCGAAUGCUCUUCCAGAUGCGAAGCGCGUAAAGGUGGAGUCGUCGGCCGCUCCAACACCGUCCAACGCCGCAACCCCAGCGCCAUCAAACGGUGGUGAGGAUAGCGAGGAGGAUGAGUUCGAGGAUGUCAAUUAAGCAUCUGCAUAGCGUCGGCGUUUUGGGUUAGAUUUGGCGUUUUAUACCUAGGGCUGGGAGGGACAAUAUCGAAAAGUUUUAUGCUCAAGGCUAUCCAAGCGUGGUACUUGGUCAUGUAUGGGAUGACAAUAUUAGUGACAUCUCAGUCAGGGAACCGAGUUGUAGAUAACGGAGCAAUAUCAAAUACACGUAG